CGGUCACAGCGACUUUCACCCCGCAGGAUUCUCCUAGCGGCACUAGCAUGGUUCGCUCGCGCCUCAUCAUCAUCUCUAGCCACCGGUACUAUAAUCGCACGCCCCAUCCUCUAUUGAACUAUCCCAUCUCUCACGCUCUCUGUCUGUCAUUCACCAACGCCCGUUCGCCUUCUCCAGAUCGCGGAUUUCCACGCAGCCGGGACCGUCUUGCCUGCGCCUACCUUGCAGAACUUGCAUUUCUCAUCGACAGCAAGUGGUUAAUGCUACCGGAAACGAACAUUCCCCGUCGUUUCAGUUACACUCCCUACAAGAGGACCCUCCGCUGUUUAAAAUGGCGUUAGGACUGUUCAACAAGGCCAAAACGGCCGACCGCAAUUCCUUUACCGACGAGAAGUUCCACUCCAAGGAUGCCAGCCAUGAUCCCGCAAACAUUGGCGCCGGGACUGACAGGCUCGCGGAUCCUGGUGUGAACCGCGACCCCGAGAAGGGAGUGGAUAGCGACAGCGAGGGCAGCAUAAUCGGCAAGCAGAUGGCUAUGGAAGCUGAGAACGCUAUCAAGUAUCGCACUUGCAGCUGGCAGAAGACCGCUGCUCUGCUCUUCUCAGAGUACAUCUGCUUGGCCAUCAUGUCUUUCCCGUGGUCAUACUCGAUCCUUGGUCUUGUCCCCGGAGUGAUCUUGACCGUUGUUAUCGCCGCCUUGGUCCUGUACACAUCUCUGACUACUUGGCACUUCUGUAUGCGCCACCCAGAAAUUCGCGAUGUGUGCGAUCUGGGUCAGAUGAUCUUCUGGAACAAGAAGUGGGCAUUCUACGUGACCGCGGUUAUGUUCAUUCUGAACAACACGUUCAUCAUGGGCCUGCACUGUCUUGUUGGCGCCAAGUGGUGGAACACCAUCACUGGCCAUGAACUCUGCACUAUCGGUUUCGCUGCCAUUACCGCGGUCAUCUCGUUCAUCGCCUCCCUCCCCAGGACGUUCUCUACCCUGGCCAAGAUUGCGACAUUCUCCGCUCUAUUCACCUUCAUCUCCGUCCUGUUGGCUGCCAUCUUCUCUGGCAUCGGCCAGAAGCCCACAGGCUAUCCCGGCAAAGGCGAACUUGAGGUCUACGCAGUUGCGCCGUCGGGCACUACUUUUGUUGCUGGCAUGAACGCGUUCAUGAACAUUAGCUACACGUUCAUCGGUCAGAUCACGCUCCCCAGUUUCAUUGCCGAGAUGAAGAAUCCCAAGGACUUCCCCAAGGCCCUUUGGUGUGUCACAAUCGCGGAGGUCAUCGUGUUCAGCUGUGUUGGUGGCGUUGUUUAUGCGUACACUGGUACACAGUACAUGACCGCACCCGCUUUCGGCUCGAUCGCGAACGAGGUGCACAAGAAGAUUGCGUUUACUUUCAUGGUACCGACCAUCAUCUUCUUGGGUGUUCUGUACGCCUCGGUGUCCGCGCGCUUCAUCUUCUUCCGCAUCUUCAACAACACGCGCCACAUGGGCAACCACACGCUUGUUGGCUGGGGCGCUUGGGCGGGAAUUCUUGCCAUUCUGUGGACACUCGCCUUCAUCAUCGCAGAGGUUAUUCCGUUCUUCUCGGAUCUGCUUUCGCUGAUGAGCUCGCUGUUCGACUCGUUCUUCGGAUUCAUUUUCUGGGGCGUUGCCUACUUCCGCAUGAGGAAGGAGGACCAUGGUCCCAAGUUUUGGGCAGUACGUGGAAUCAGAGGAUGGGCUGGUUUCAUCUUCAACGUGGUUCUGUGCGGUAUUGGCCUGCUGUUUUUGAGCGCGGGCACAUACGCCACUGUUCAGUCCAUCAUCGACGGCUAUGAGCAGUCGUCUUUCGGUGGUCCGUUCAGUUGUGCAAACAAUGGCCUCUAGAGAGCGGCGUAGUGAAGUGCUUCCAUUAUUUUCUCUAUUUCUGGGAUGUGAUCUUUAUCAUCUUUGAUGGAUGAACAAUGACUUGCAAUAAUUAUACACGGCGCAAACGGGCACAGGAUUGGGUACUAGGGGUCGAAAAGCGUGUGGAAUAAAAUGACCCAUGAGCGGGCAACAAGAGAUCGCAACAAACACAGUCUGCA